GGCGCAGGGCUGGCUAGCUACGCGCCGCCACGCCGGGACUGGUGAGGUGCGCGCCGCCGCCGCGGGGACCCGGGGGCGCCUGUUCGCUGCUCCGCCCGCUCCUGGCCUGCGGUGCAGGCGGCUGGAUCCGCAGCAGCAGCGGCGACAGCGAAAACUCGAGCGCCAGUGGUAGCAGCAGUAGCAGCAGCAGCAGCGGUGACACCAUGGAUCUGUCUUUUAUGGCCGCACAGCUGCCCAUGAUGGGAGGAGCCUUCAUGGACUCGCCCAACGAGGACUUCAGCACCGAGUACUCCCUGUUCAACUCCUCCGCCAACGUCCACUCGGCCUCCAACGGCCAGGGCCAGCUGGAGGAGCCUCCUCGGUCCUCCAACGACGCCGUCUUGCUGUGGAUCGCCAUCAUAGCGACGCUGGGGAACAUCGUGGUGGUCGGGGUGGUGUACGCCUUCACCUUCUGAAGGCACGGGUGCCGCCGGCCACUCAGGACGGCCCCUCUGCACCAGGCCAUUAUGGGCCAGGCUUUCCACGUGGCCCCCUCUUGCCCUUGUUCAGAACCAGGAGCUCUGACCACUUGAACGACCUGACGGGCACCAAGUCCGUGCACCUGGAAUAUCCCUGGGCAGCCACGGGGGUAGAUGUCCCGGGCUGCAGUCAGGCUGUUCCAGACGUGGAAGUAUGAGCUUCCUGCUCCUGGAGGCCCAGCAGUGUGGCCUGCGAGGAGCCAGCUGGGGGUCAUUGGAACUGUGCUUCCAGAGCAGGAGACCAUGUGGAACAGGUGGUUAGGUUUGAACGGCGACGUGGCUUGGUGAUUGCUUGCUGCUGGUAAAUGACUGACACCGGGUCAUGUUUUAUACAGAUUUAUUAAACCCCCUGUGGGCGCUGGGGCAGGGGCAGCCCUCCAGCCCAGCUCAGUUUCCUGUUCAGCCCCUGGUAAUGCUGGUGAUCAUCUCCCAGGGCCAUAGGGCUGCCCUGAUCUGACUCGGAAAUGGCCUUUGUCACCAGGCACUUGGCUCCUGAUGGGUCCCGGGCACAUCAGGAAACCCAGGGAUGGGAGAUGACUGGUCACACGGUGGGGUUUCGGGGGCCUUGGUGUUCACUGCUGGAUGGACUUCCUGAACUUUUCAAGAAGAGGAGAGGGGACACCUUCCAAAGCCACUUCUGCCGGGCAGCUAACUUUUCAGCUGCCCAAAGUCACUCUUUCUUCUCUGAGGAGCCCUGGAAUUAGAGAAGGGAAAGUCGCAGGUCCACCUAAUAGCUGGACAGAUGGGAUGGGGAGGGCUGUGGUCUGCCUGUGGUCCCUGGGCCAGUUACUCGGUCAGCUCUGAAAGGUGUUUAACUCUUCCCGACCCGCUAUGCGCGGUGGUGAGAGUGGCGGAGAAGCUGCCCUCUGCGGGUGAACAUCGGGGUCUUGAGGCCAGGUGGGAGACGGCAGGGCGUUCUUAGCCUGUAUCUUAAGCCAGUCUGGAUACUGUGUGCUCUUCUGCGGGUCCGAAUCUGCUUCCACCCAGCCAGUUUCCCUGGGGGUCCUGCCAAACAAGGAAGCUCCAAGUAAAGAGGGGGGCAGGUGGGGCGUGCAGGGCCCAGCACACCCUCUGCCACCCCUUCCCGAGGCCACUCCCCCUGCAGAGGAGCGGAAAGCAUCUCAGGGGACCCGCUCGCCACAGGCCUGGGGUGUCUUUCCGCUCCCUUUCUCCCUCCACCACAGAAAAGAAAGUCGGUGCGUGAAUCUCCCCUCUGUGGUGGAGAAACUUUAAAGGCUAGUAAAGAAGCCCUGUGUGUGUCACUGCUGUCCAGGGGACAUGCGUGUUCUCGAUGACAGGCAAAGGGCAUCUCUGUUGUCCAGACGUGGCCACUCGGCUCUGGGAGCUGCCUGAUAACAGGAUUGCCAGUCUGGCCUCCAGACAGGGCCGUGGGCGGCCGCCAGCUCUGACCGGCCAUGCAGCCAUCUGCAAAUGCGUCUGCUCAGUGGAGGCCAUGAAUGGAGAGCCAGCCUGACCCUUACAGCCGGGGAGACGCGACCAGGGACCAUCUGCCUGGGACUCCUCACGGACUCACUGACACACAGCAGGCUGGACGGGGUAGUUAGCUUCACACACCGGGGGCUCCUGGGUGUCCGCCCGGCCUCUCCUCCUCAUCGGCCAGGUCUGCCUCCCAGCAAGACCUUCUUAGAUUUCUCCCUGGGAACCCGAAGAGAGGCUGCAGAGCCAGGACGGGGGCCAGCCGCCCUUUGAGAAGCAGGAAGCAGCCCCGGGCUCCCUGUGGCUGCGGAGAGGCAGGUGGCGCUGUGUCUGCCAUGACCGGGGGAGAGAGGCAGGAGGAACAGGGGCCUUGGAAAGGGCGCCCGCAUUCCAGUCCCCGGGGCUUGUGACUGCAGGGGUCUCCUCUGUGACACCCCCAGGCACACAUCAGUGCCAGUUGUCAGUAUUAAAGUCUCUGUCCUCCAAUCAGAGCCACGGACAGCCAGGUGCCUGGGCCUCCUGUCCACCCGCGGUGUGUGGAUCCCAGUCUUCCUCGUCACAGAUAACAGUGAGGAGCAAGGGAUGGAUUUCCAGCCGGAGAGUGAGCCGCGCUCUCCCUCCACCUCUGAGGGUCCUGUCUUGGUCAGGUAGGGGAAAAAUUGGCUCCUGUGCCUGAGUGCUGAGUGCAGGCACAGCGCCACAUUCGCACACACUACCCAAUCCUUGCAGUUAUUUUACAGCAUCAUUUCUCUAAUACACAGUGAGGAACUGGAGUCUCAGAGGAGUGAAGUAACUUUCCUGAGGCCACACAGCAUGCAAAUGAGGAGCUGUGAUUGGAACUGGGAAGCUGGAUCUACAGAGGCCCUGGGUCUGCAGUUUGUCUUUCAAAGAAAUGAAAGACGUGGAAUGGCCUGGGCCAACUCUGGCUCUCACAGGUCCCUGACCAUCCCCAGAACCAGGUAUCCUCAACCCCUGCCCAUGCCGUCUCUGCCUGACUCUAGAGUUGGUGGUCUCUGAUGCUGUCCCCAGCCAUCUAAGAUUGUCCACAGGUCUCCUCGUAAGGCUCCAGUGGGGUUCCCAAAGACAGCCUUUCUCAGGAUGCUGCAGAAGGGGACCCCUGACUGGGAGCCCUCGGGCAGUGCCCCCUGGGAAAGCUGCUCCCCGAAGCCAGAACCACCAGGCCAGGGUCGUGGGCCCAGCCUGUGUUGCAUGUUGACCUUGGCUUAGACGCAGGCCUUUCUCUGAGCUCCAGGGCUCUCCAGAGGAGGGGAAUGGAUGUUCUUCAUUCAGACCCCAGCUGGGGCCUCGGUCUGGCCUCUGCCCAAGAGAGAUGGAACCCAGCUCCCCCUUGGUUUGACGGGUCAGUGCUGAGGAAGGAGGCGCUUGCCUCUCGAGUAGCUGGUCCUCAGAGGACUGCAUUUGCUGGAAUAUUCUCUGUGCUCCAGGAGAUCAAGGUCAAGAGGCAGAUGAGACCCCUUCCCGACUCCUUGCAGGAGUCCCCAGGGUCCCAGGGAGCAGGAAGAAGGGCAGGCUGGCUCCACGAAGCUGCAGAGGCAGCAGGUCCGCCUCCAGCCCCAUUCCAGGUGGGAGCUGGGGAGCCUGCCAGGCCACGUUAGCGUGUGUCAGGCUCCGCCUCUGCACGGGCCCCACGUAGUCGUCAGCGCGUCAGCACCACCGUCUGACUCAGGCAAAUGGUCCUCUCCUGCAGCGGUGGCUCCCUCCACCAUGAGCAGGGAUGUCCCUAGUCACUCUCCCACCGCCGUUCCUCAGUCUCCCCUGUGGUGUGCUGCAUCUGUACUUCCCAAGUUACCCCUGGGGUGUAGAGGGGUGCACACUGUCACCCCACUUUUCUGUUGAAGAAACAGGCAAGCCAUACACCUGAGAGCCACAGCAGGGUGGGCCUCUGAGGCCAGGGCCUGGGAGAGGUGCUGGGAACCUUAGCCGGAUGUCACAAGUGAAGAGGGGCAGGCAUGGCCACGCGCACUGAGGCUUUCGCGUGCAGUGAGCAGGGCCAGAGCUUCAGGGAGAGCCGCUGAGGCUGCCCAGAAAACGAGUGCAGAGCUGAGGAGUCCCUGGGUGCCUGAUGCUCAGCACGUUCACCAGGAAGCACAGGGUUCCCCGGGUCGGCAGCAGAAGACCAAGGGGGGCCGCCAGGCAGAUCACGUGGAGUGUCCCCAGAGCAAGCCCAGGGGGGACUGUUGGUGUGACAGGGAAACCCAGGAGCUCUGUUCAGGGGUCCGAGGGGAACAGACGGAGCCCAACGGUCCAGACUCCUCUGUCCCAACCUCUCCCACCCCAGUGGCCCAUGGGCCCUGACCAUUCUGCCCAGAGAGAGGGACAGAGGAGAGGGCAGGCAAACUGGGUGUGGAGAGCCCAGAGGCACAAGUCCACCAUCACCAAGCAGGAAAAGGCGCCUCUCCCCAAAACCCAGAGAAGCAGAACCAUAACAACCACGGGUAUUACCGGUGCGACCUCCUGAGAUCAGAGCUGGAGCAACGACUGUCUUCUUGGGGGAGGGGACAAAGCCACACGGACCAUGGUGACUGGUGGAGAUGCAGGUAUUCCCAGGGUGAGGGAGUGUGACCACCAGGAACACCAAGGGCCACCCAGAGGACUGAGGCUGGUGGCCUGCACGCUGGAGUCCAGGUCUGCCUUGUCUGUCGAGUCACCGUGAAUUCCAGAAACAAGCAGGGGAGGAGCCCUGGGCCUGCAGGUCUCCACCAGCCGGCCCUGCACCCGCCCGGGCAGCCCCGUCCCCGCCUUGGUGAGGGUCUUGCUCUGCCUCUGGGUCUUCAAGCCGACUUCCGCCUCCCCAGAGGAGGUCGGAGCCCUGUUUUGCCACAGGAAUAAGUCCCAGCAGAUGCACAGGGUGCACCUAAGGAGAAUGUGCCACCUUGGCUGUGGGGGUCCCGGUCCCCCUCCACACCCAGCCCCUGACCCCUGAGUCUCUCACUGCGGUCUGGACAUCUUAAUGCAGGAGAAGCUGCAGCACUUACAACACAGCAGUCCCCUUGCUCCCGAUGGUCCUGGCUGCCAGGGAAGCUGGCCGGAAGGCAGCCAGAGCCAUCAGGACGGGAGGAGGCCGAGUCUCGAGGAGGUUUGGGCUCACUGCCAAGUGGAGCUGGUUGCAGGAGAGAGGGUCCCGGGCACCUGACUGCAGAGUCCAGACUCCACCAGGUCAGUGGUUCUCUGCUGCAGGCACUUUUGCCCCCAAGGGGACAUUUGACCAUGUCUAGAGACAUCUUUGGUUUUCACAACUUGAUGCGUGUGGGGUGGGGGUGGCGACGGCAUCUGGUGGCUGGGGGCCGGGGUUGCUGCCUAAGGUUCCACAGUGCACAGGACAGACCCACAUGACGAAGGGUUAGCAGCCCCCGAAGGCCAGCUGGGCCCGAGGUGGGGGACCUGCUCUAGGCCGAACGCUCUGAUUCCAAAACCACGAGGGUGUUUCCAAAGCGCUGCUUUUGCUCAUCCGUGAGACUCUGAAUAAGUAGAAGCCCUUCCCAGCAACAGCAGAGGGGUCAUGGCCACUGGCCGAGCUCAGAGAAUUCCGGCGGGGACCACCAUGGAACCCCUGGCAAGUCAGAUGGGACUUCUGGAAUCCCAAGCCACUCUGUCUCCGCGGCGCGGCUUUUGUGAGGACCCCAGCCUAAAUGGAGAAGACCCCACCGGUGGCCUGUGUCUCUGGCACCUCCAGGGACUGGCCCCACCCGCACCUCUCUGAGGCACAGCCUGGGGAGGAGCUUGGGCGUGGGGUGGCAUGGGAGGCCGGUGAUCAGCAGGGCCACCUGCCCUCCUCUGUUUCUGACCCUUUUCUCUCCCUCCUACUGAAGGCCUGCGUGUGCUCUUCCCACCAGUUAAACUUUUGCAGAAUUCCUAAUUCUUGUAACUUGCCAUCUGCAGACACCACGCCGACAGAAUCAGAAAUGUUUGCGUCUUGCUAACGUUUUCACGGUCGACCUGCGGCUUCCCUGAUGCAGAGUUAUUUCAGCUACUCCUGUAGGUCUUGGCUACUCCUGCUCCUGGUUUCGCCGUGAGACCACCCGGGGACUGGGGUGGUGGAAAGGCUCUCUUAAUGUAAGGUUCCAGUGUGUCCUUUUGAUGAAAAAUAUGUAACUUUCAAGGGUGUAAAACCAGUGGUGAACUCUCCCCCUUUGUUAGCAUUAUUGCUGUUGUCGUUUUCUAUUAUGAUAAUUAAAAAUAAA